AUGGAAAAUGUUGAUAACAGAAGAGUAGUGUAUAUUGCUGAUUCAUGGGAAAGCAAAAGAAGACACUUAGGACUCAGAGCUCUAAUAGCAAGACCUAAUUUUUAUAGAGUUUCAAUUUUUAAAUCUAAUCCAGCAGCAAGGAAAAAGAAAAUUAUAAAAAUUCGUAGUACAAAAGGAGUGCAAUUUCAUUUUAUACAACACAGGUCUCCCUAUUUCGAAGUACUCUGGGAUACAGCACUCAAAUCAGCAAAUUUGCUACAGCAUACUUUGACGUCCUUAUUAUUGACAUCCGAAGAAUUAAGCACAUUCGUUGCGGAGGAUGAAGCGAUUUUUAACUCCAGACCGUUGACGCCUUUGUCAUCAAGUCCAAGCGACUAUGCAGCCUUAAAUCCAUGGAAUUUUUUGGUUGAAGAAUCGUCGUUGUCAGUACUAAGUCCACAAAAUCUUCAAAAAAAAGUGACUCAGUUGUCAAGAUUAAAAUUAGUUACCAAUGCUCUGUAA